UGUGCUGACAUUCGUUGGUUGGUGGGGUGGCUCAAGAGUGGAGGUGCAACAUUCACUCAAUACUUAGAUUUAUUUAUACUGGAUCUCAUAGAGUCGCAGUCGAUCUCAGCCACCAUAUCGCCAACAAUCUCUCUGUUGAACACGAACACUCACUUACUUUUCUCGUUGUUCAAUUCAUUAGCAUAUGGUUUGGAUGGCUAUGUUUGAAUCGCUUUGUUGUACUUGAUCUGUUGGUGUUUCUUCUAAUCUUUUGUUUUUGAUUCUCGAUCUGUAUUUAUAUGACAUCGCCGUGCUUACUUGACAGUUGGUCUUUGCAGUGCAAUGAGCUAGUUGGGCUGAACUUUUUACCUAAAUUUAGUAUCCAGUGCGAGAGUUCUUGGCUACAAUAAGAAGCCUUCUAAGUUUACUCAUCCUCAGCUUGAGAGGAAACGGAAUUUUUGUUCAUCUUAUCUAAGUUCUAUUUCGAACUUGUCCAGUACCUUUACUAAUAGUAAUUUCGAUUUCUAUCUUUCGAUCCUUCAUUCUUUCUUCCUUCUUUUCUGCUUCUGCAAUAUUCUCAUUGCAACCAUUCUUGUCUCACGUUCUCUCGAAUUCAUUCAUAAUUCCAGAUUCAGGAUUGAUACAUGUCGAAAGUGAUCAAAAUGGCAGACUUUAAUUUCCCCGGAGUCGAUCUUAGUGAUCCUUUUCUUCCGUCUCCCGGUUCAAUAUCCGUUUAUAGCCCGUUCGAAUAUAGUACUCCUGAAGCUGCCGUCAAACCACCUCAUGACUACGGUACAUUUAUCUAUCCGCUCACACCUGUGGAUGAAAGACUCAGUCCCAUAUCAUUACCUUUACGAUCUCGAAAUUGCUCUUCAAAUGCACCUCCCUCUCUUUCUUUCUCUCGUUCUUCUAGUACCUCGUCAAAGGUUUCCUUUUCCUCUUCUGCAUCAAAUAUUAAUUGCAAUCGGCUGUCGAAUACCAAGUGGGCACCCCCUACUUCUUUUCCUCACUUUGUAUCAUUGCCAUUGGACAUCCAGAGAACCAUUUGGAGGCAUACGUUACCCAAACCGCAAGUUAUCGAAAUACACCAAUACACGAAAUCUACACCACGAUCAUCAUCUUCCUUUUCAACUUCAACGCAACAAGAUGAAGAACCCCUCCCAUCUUUGACAACUCACAGUCUCUUUCCAAUCGCCUUACACAUAAAUCGCCUCUCUCGUCGCCUCGCUCUCUCCAUUCUAACUCCACUUUCUUUCGCUCAACCUUACUACCUCCCUUCAAAUCCAUACGAUUACAUAAACUAUGUUCAAGAUACCAUAUUCAUCUCUUCUCAUACUAUCUACCCCGAUCUCGGGAAUCAUAUCUUGUAUUCGAGGAACUUACAUAUGAUUCGAUAUUUGGCCCUGGAAUUUGAAGUAUGGUGUGAGCUACUUGGCGAUAAUCAUUUUGUUAAUGCACUUUUGGAAAUGGAGGGAUUGGUGAGAAUUGAGAUUAUUUUUGAGAGACAACCUGGAUCGCUUUCUUUCUGUUCAGAUUUUUCAUCCAAUAACGAAUCAUCAAUAUUAUCGAGAGAACUCGAAGAAUCGAUAAUGAAUUGGGGAAUCACACAUCAAGCUCAAGAUACUCUUAGGUUUGCAGAACCGACAAGAAAUGAGGAAAGAAACUUGAAAGCUAUAUUCGAAAGGGAAUGCGAAAAGAAAUGGUUGUGGGGAAGAGUAAGUGGAUGGGAGGAUGUAAGUGGAAAAUUGAGGUUCAGAUGGAAAGAAGAGGAGAGCAAAAGCAUUAUGCGGGGUCACGCUCACAGAUAUUCAAAUGAUGAAAACGAAUCUUAUACACCUCUACCAUCCAGAUCAAGCGCAAGGGGUAAUUCCCCAAUCGGAUUUUCCGGAAUCAGCUCUGAGACAGCAUACACGGGAGAUGAACAUGAGGUAUUAGACCAGGGAUUGGAAAGUCUAAUGAAUAGCGUGGAUGAUGUUAUAAUGGAUUAUGGAUAUGUAGCGCAAGGACGAGGGAGGUGGGUUAAUGGCAGGGAUACAUAUGCGGAUCGAGAUGAUGCAUAUAGCGAGAGUAACUAUUCGCGAUGUUCGGCGAGUUUUGAAGAUGAUUCUGAUACGGAGGGGUGGAUUUAA